AUGACGCUGAUCGGUUCUAUCGAUAGUUUUGAUCCAAAAGUGGACAAUUGGACAUUGUACCAAGAGCAGCUGGAGGAAUUUUUUAACGUAAAUGGAAUAGUAGACACCCCAGCAACAGAGGGUCAAACAGAGUCGAAGAAAAGAGUGCCAGCUUUAUUGAGCCUGAUAGGAAAAGAAACCUACAAAACUCUACGAGAUCUCUGUACACCGGCGUUACCAAAGGAUAAAACCUAUGAAGAAUUGUGUACUCUGCUAAAGAAACAAUUUUCACCCAGUACAUGUAUUUUCAGGGAAAGAAUUAAGUUCUACGAAGCACAACAACAAGACAAUGAAACGGUAAAAGAAUGGUACGCUAGAAUACACAACCUAGCGGGAAACUGCGAGUUUGGAAACGAGCUCACGUUUGUGCUAAAGGACAAAUUCAUCUGUGCUAUGAAAAGGAGUGUCAUCCGAGACAGAUUGUGUGAAGAGUCCCCAACCACAACAUUACAGAAACUAGUGGAGAUUGCACAAGCAAGAGAAGCAGCUCUACAAAGCCAGAGUGACUCCGUCAACACAAUAAGAAGGGUGCCACAGACCAAAAAGGAUACACAACAGGAAGGGAAAUCUCAAACAAACAAUAAUGAGGCAAGAACAUCUAAGAACACAUUCCAGCCAUUCCAGAGAGGGAAGUGGAACUGCAGGCGAUGUGCAGGAACCCAUACUGGCCAACAGGUGUGUAAAUACAGAAAUUACACAUGCAACAUUUGUAAAAAGGUGGGACAUUUAGCAAAGGCAUGUUUCAAUAAAAAUAAACAAAAUUUGGUAGAAACAGGCGUAAAUAGCAUUAGUUUUGUUAAUAACAGCCCAGUUUAUUGUAACGUCAAUAUUAGUGAUAAGGAAAUACAAAUGUUAGUAGAUAGUGGCGCAUGUACAUCAAUAAUUUCAGAAAAAGAUUUUAAAUCUUAUUGGCCAAGUGCCAAGUUAAAAUAUAAUAAUAGGCAGUUAAAAACAUAUUCAGGGCAGCCAAUAAAAGUUUUGGGUACUUUCAACGCAUGUAUACAGUACAAAAAUGUAAAAUGUGAAAAUUUCGUUUUUUUCGUUAUCGACAAAAGAGACGGUAAACAAAGUAUGCUAGGGAGAGAUUUUUUAAACAAAUUUAAAUUCGAAUUAGUUUCAGAAUUUGACGAAAAAAAUGAAGUCUUAUCGGUUAGCGAAACUAAUAUUGUUAACGAAUUCCAGGAGGUUUUUUCAGACGGAUUAGGUUGUUUCAAACAACACACAUUCACGUUAAAAUUGAAAGACCAAUUCUGGCCUAUUUUCCUUAAACCCCGCACCGUUCCUCUUGCAUACAAAGAAAAAGUCGAAACAGAAUUGAAUCGUUUGGAAAAAGAAGGUGUUAUUGAGCCGAUUGAAUCCAGUGAAUGGGCCACGCCAUUGGUACCAGUGAUGAAAAAGGAUGGAACCCUUAGAUUGUGUGGCGAUUACCGAAUCACAGCAAAUAAAUGGUUCGAAGAGGUCAAAUACCCUUUACCAACACUCGAAGAAAUGUUUUCAAAGUUAAACGGAGGCGAGUCGUUUUCUAGAAUUGAUCUCAGCAACGCGUAUAACCAGUUGGUGGUAGACGAGGAAACGUCAAAAAUACUCACUUGGAACACACACAAAGGUUUAUACCGGGUGAAACGGAUCCCAUUUGGAAUAACGCCCGCCAGUGCGAUUUUCCAAAGAACCUUAGAACAAGUCCUUCAAGGCAUAGAUAGAGCAGCAAACUUUAUGGAUGAUAUUAUCAUCACGGGAAACUCAAGGGUGGAACACAUAGAUACUUUACGCAAGGUGUUUCAACGACUAAAAGAUGCGGGAUUAAAAGUUAAAUUGUCGAAAUGUACAUUUUUUGAGGAAGAAUCAACAUUUUUAGGUCUAAGAGUUACCAAGGAAGGUCUAAGAAAAGACAGUGAAAAAGUCAAGGCGAUACUAGAUGCCCCAACACCGCAAACAAUGACACAGGUUCAAAGUUUUGCAGGAAUGGUCAACUAUUAUAGCAAGUUCGUACCAAAAUUAGCGAUAUUAAUGAAACCUAUUUAUAAUCUGCUAAAAAAGAACGUACAAUUUCGCUGGUCCGCGGAAUGUAGUCUAGCUUUUAGGGAAAUAAAAGCGAUAAUCGCGUCAGACGAGGUGUUAACGCAUUUCGACCCCACUCUACCAAUAGUACUCACAACCGACGCAUCAAAGGACGGUAUUGCGGCCGUAUUAUCACACCAAAUAGAUACUGGUCGAAAAAAACCGAUUGUUUUCAUCUCAAGAACGCUAAGCAAAGCAGAAAGCAACUACGCCGUAAUCGACAAAGAAGCUUUGGCGAUUUAUUGGGCUACUAAAAAAUUAGCAUAUUAUCUGAUGGGAAACAAGUUUGUCAUAGAAACUGACCACAAACCAUUAGUAUCAGUCUUCGCGAUGAACAAGAGAAUUUCUCAGUCCUACUCAAGUAGAAUGCUAAGAUGGAUGCUACAUUUGGCAGGUUUCAGCUAUGACAUUAAAUACAUAAAAGGGCAAGAAAAUCAUGUCGCGGACAUGUUGUCAAGGCAUCCGCUACAGACAACUGAAGAAGAAGAAAAUCAGGAAGAGUCAAGCAACCAGUUGAACCUGAUUGUGACGGAAGGGAUUCCAAUAGAUUCAAAAAGAAUUGGUAUAGAAACUAGAAGGGACCCCGUCCUGGCUAAGGUCCUAGAAUAUGUCACAAACGGAUGGCCGACGAACGUAAAAGAGGAAAAUAUGAAACAUUUCACAUGUAGAAAAACAGAAAUCACAUGCGAACAAGGAUGCUUAUUAUGGGGUUAUCGGGUGAUAAUACCAAGUAAGUUACGAAAAAGACUCCUCGACGAGCUCCAUGGGGCACAUUUAGGCAUUGUAAAAAUGAAAGCAAUCGCAAGAUCGUAUUUCUGGUGGCCAAAAUUAGACGAAGACAUAGAAAAGGUAGCGAAGUCAUGUAGGGCGUGCAUCAUGACGUCUGAUGAUCCCCAAAAGGCGAUUCCAACGCCAUGGAACAAAGCUACAAGACCCUGGCAACGUGUGCACAUCGACUAUUUAGGCCCGAUAAACGGUAAAUAUUAUUUUCUAAUGCUGGACGCAUUCAGCAAAUGGCCAGAAAUAUACGAAGUCCCAAACAUAACUGCGGAUACAACAAUACGCAAACUAAGAGAGACAUUCUGCAGAUGGGGAAUCCCGGAGUUAAUAGUCUCAGACAACGGAACGCAACUAGUUUCACGAGAUUGCGAACAAUUUUUACGAAAUAAUGGAGUACACCAUGUAACCAUAGCACCGUAUCAUCCGGCAUCAAAUGGUGCAGCAGAGAACGCAGUGAAAUCGUUUAAAAGAGGGCUGAAAACCGCUCUUUUUGACAAACGAAAUAAGAACACCCGCACCGACAUUCUCGUAAGCCGAUAUCUAAUUCAUUAUAGGAACGCAAAACACGCCACAACGAAUGAAACUCCUGCUUUCCGGAUGCUGAAUAGAAACAUCAGAACUUUAUUCAAUUUGAUUAAACCGCAGGAAGAGAGAAUAAGUUACGACACGCGGAAAACACCAAGAACAACGAAAUUUCAAAUAGGCGAAGUAGUGGCAAUCAGAGAUUAUAAAGAUACCAACAAAAAGGCGUGGAUGGAAGCCAAAGUUACUCAGACAAUUGGCCAAAAAAUGUUUUUGUGCAAAAUCAUCGGAAACGGGAGGGUAACAAAACGACAUGUGGAUCAAAUGAAAACAAUCAUACCGACAGACACAGAAUCUGACGGUAAAGGAACAGAAAAAAUUAUAAGAAAGGCAUUAACAACGUCAAAGGUUCCAGCAAUUAUAUCAGACAAGGAAACAGUAAAGGAGACCACGAGCUCUACUAACGUCGAGACACGCCAUAACCCAACACAACCAGAUCCCUGUAUCCCAAACGAGUCAAUCCCUGAAACAUCUGGUCAGCACGUGAACGCGGAAUCUAAUCAAAAGAGUAACCGACCUAUCCGAACGAAAAAACCCCCAUCACGAUGGCAGGCAAAUGAAUGGAUAAGGUACAUUGCUGAAAAUAGUACAAAACUGGACGAAGGUGUUAUGGACUUCCAAGGAUUAAAAUUAUUCCUAGAAGAAAGAAAUUUAAAGAAAUUUGUUUGGAUCAGUGAUGAUGCGACUCGAAUAACGGGUCGCAUAGAAUAUGACUCUCGAUCUACUAAAAUGGUGAGAUUUGUGCUUCCUUUAAGAAAUGGAGUGCUUCAAGAAUUGAACGAAAGCUCAUUAUGCGUACAUAAUUGUGGCACACCCCUAUCUGAUUAUUCUCCUCCGUACUGCCUCACCAUUUUUGGGACCGACAAUAAAUUUACUUAUCAAGACGUCAAAAAAAGAUUUGCUAUUAUGCAGAAAGAUGCCCAAAAGUAUGGAAUUUCAAUUCUAGGUUUUUCUUCUGAUGGAGACACGCGACUUCUCAAAGCGAUGCGUUUAAAUCCUCGCCUACCUAUUUCAUCCGACGAAAAUCAUUUGAAUAUUUGGGAAUGGUACCAAAUGGGUUUCAGUGACAGCGAUCUGACAUCGUAUGCCCAAGAUACUGUACCAUGGCCAACUAGACUGUACAUAUUAUCACAAAGUUAA